AUGCAGCGAGGGAUCAAAAGAUUAAGAGAUUUCUGGCUGGUGGGCCUGAUCUGCGCCGUCAGUCAUGCCGGUUACGCCGCGGACACCGACUCGGCCACCACCGCAGCUGAGCUUAAAUCUACCCUCGAGCGCCUUAACGCGCUGGAUCAGUGGUUCAGUGACGCAGAACAGCAGCGCGCCAUAUGGCUGGUUGAGCUGCAGCGCCAGGACCGUGAAAUAGCCGCCGUCAAUCUUCAGGUGGCAGAUAUCCGCAACCGGGUACAGGUGACAACCACCGAGUUGCAGGACCUGCAGAACCAUCAGGUGGAACUUAACGAACAACGGCGUACCCAGGCACAGCUGAUCGCAGAACAUGUCGGCGCGGCCUACCGCCUGACGGGACAGGACUUCCUGAAACAGCUCCUGAACCAGGAGUCGCCGGAUACAUUUGCACGCAUGAUCCGAUACCACCGCCACUUCAGUGAAUCCAGACUUGAAGUGAUGGCGCAAUACCAGGCGACCCUUGCCGAACUCGAAACCAACAGCCGCAAGCUGAUUGAGCAACAGGCAACCCAAAGCAGCCAACAGAAGCAACUUGUUGGCGAGCAACAGGUUCUGGCCACGGAGCGCAGUAAACGUUCUGCUCUGAUCGAUCAGCUCGAUGCGGAAACCGAAUCCAAGACCCUUGACUACGAACAGCUUGAAAAAGACCGCAAUCGGCUGGAACAAUUGCUGGCUGAGCUGCGUCGUCGCGAUACUGAAUUAGACGGCAGCGCUUUCACCGCUGCAAAAGGCACCUUACCUAUGCCCGCAAGAGGGCCUAUCCGGCACGCGUUCGGCGCGUCUCGCGCAGAUGGGCGGCUGCGCUGGCAUGGUAUUGAUAUUGCCGCUGAACAAGGUUCACCCGUUACCGCCGUAUUUCGCGGCCGGAUUAUUUUUUCAGAUUGGCUGCGCGGCUUUGGCCUCUUGACCAUUGUUGACCACGGCAGCGACUAUAUGACGUUGUAUGGGCACGCUGACGUCCUGUAUAAGAAAGUGGGCGACUGGGUAGAAAGCGGCGAGGUCAUUGCAGGCGCUGGCAACAGUGGCGGCACCCAGGACACUGGAAUUUACUUUGAAGUGAGACACAAAGGUGAUGCCAAAGAUCCGAUCAGCUGGCCAAACCCGCUUCCGGAGGCAGAUGUACCUGUGGGGCAAACCCUCACCCAGGCGCAGCAUGACAACGGUCAGUACAUCAGCUGGCGUGAACAUAUUAUUGACGACCCCGAGCUUGCCCAGAUGGAUCUGAGUGGCAGCGAUGGGCUGGCGGUGGCAGAUCUCGAUCUUGAUGGUUGGCCAGACAUCGUUUCCGUGCAUGAAUCAGACACAGUCUAUGACGGCAAACCCAUUGGUCACGUGCGUAUCGCCUGGGGCAGUCAAAGCCCGACGCAAUGGACACUGACUACCUUAGCGUCGGGGCCCGAAGCCGCCGCCGCAGAAGACGUCUCCAUUGCUGAUGCCAACAGCGAUGGCUAUCCAGACAUUGUGGUGGCCGCUGAACUGGCACACCUGAUUUACUUCGAAAACCCCGGCAAACAGGCCCGCAACAAAAUCUGGCCCCGCACGAUUCCAGCCAUUACGCAGAAUCGAGGCUCUUUUAUCCGUGUGUUCUUUGCAGAUUUUGACAACGACGGACAGCCAGAGAUUGUCGCGCCAAACAAAGGCGAACAAAACCCGGAUGUCACACAGCAGCAGCGCCUUAACAUCUCGAUUUUUCAUCUGCCGGACAACCCCCUGGACGGCGACCUCUGGCGGGAGCAGGUCAUCGCCCAGGUACGCAUUCCGAUUAAUUCUGAACCCGUGGAUAUUGAUGCUGACGGCGACCUGGACGUGAUUGCCGGGUCUCGCGGAGAAGGCCGCAUCAUGUGGCUGGAGAAUCUGGGUGAUUUCAGAUUUGCCAACCACCCCAUCAGGCCCACAGCUGAAAACAAGCCGGCUAACGCCGCUUUGACCGGGUUCAAUAUGGACUACGCGGACCUCAACGCGGAUGGCCGCACCGACAUUAUUUCCACCGCCUGGCCCAGCUAUCUUUUAUGGCUGCAGCGUCCGGCUGAUGCAGCAGGCGAUUGGCCAACCACCCUGAUCGGUAAUUUUGCGCCCGACCAGCUGGUCUCCGUGCGCCUGGCAGACAUCGACAAUGACGGCGACCUGGACGCUUUCACAGGUUCCUAUAGUCGCGGCCCCCGCAACCAGGAUGGCAAAGAAGUCACCGUUACCGACGCCCUGGGUCGCAUCGCCUGGUUCGAAAACCCGGGUCCUGGCGACAACGCACAGCCCUGGCCACAACACGAUAUUGUGCGACGCAAGCGCGGUAUGUAUGACAAAUGGCUUGCCCUGGACCUGGAUCGCGACGGCGACCUGGACUUUGUGGGUACCCGUGGCAACAGUGAACCUUAUGAUGGGGUAAUCUGGCUGGAACAGGUGCAUACCACUGAACCCGCCGUACGUUUUGUGCCAUCACGCAGGAUAGACAGCCAGCAAAUGGCUAAUCCAUCUCCGGGACGCUAA